CACCUCUCCGUGGCCCUGCUUGUUGGGUUAGCACUUUAACUAGCAACCAGCAACUACAAACUAGAAACAUUCCCGCGGGAAUUCUGAAUUGGGGCUCUGACCUGUUGCUGACUUCUAGACCAGCGUUUGAGACCGAUUUGGUGGUUUUGGGCUUUGCCUUUUAAACUAUUUUAACCUGGGCAGAACGCCAACAAAACGGAAAUGCUAACAGUGCUAAUUUCUAGCAAGCUAUCAAGCGUGUAUAUUGUACAUUCAUAACACGAGUGCAUUUCUUGUUUUAACAGACAGUUGCUAAAGUACGAAAUCUUAAUGUGUUCUGCAACGUGGUGAAAUGCUAAAGGUGGCACUUAGUGCGAUGACGCCAAAUACCAUAAGUGCGGUACUAUGCUUUUGCAUUAUGCCAUUUACAUGUAUGCAAUUUAGUACGAGACUACUAGCUAAAAUACCAACUUGCUAACAUCUAGCAAGGUGGUACGAUGUAGUCACGGUAGAUGUAGUCUUACAUCACGGCAUGUCAAUACAUGCGUAAAAUAGCUAAAACAUGUUAACUGCAAACUUUACCUGCCGGGGUGCACUGGUCUGGUUCGUCUUUGCAAUAGCUCGUAUCCUCCAUUGGCGUCUCGCGGACUCGGAACGCUUUCCCUUCCGCGGCAUCAUGUCUGCUAAAACAUAGCACAAAAAAACGUGCAGUUCAAAACAAACAGUAGUAAAGGAGACACAUUGAAACUCUUGCGACAGUGUGUGAAUGUAACGUAUAUGUGUGUGUUGGUAUUGGUUAUGCACUACCAUCUGUGCUGAAUAUGUAUAUUAUGUGAUUUGAUAUAAAGAUGUAGUUAGACUGUAAACACAGGCCUCCAAAAAUGAAUACGAUUUAUUGUAGACGUCUCUAAGCAGUCUUAAAAUUGCUUAUCGUUCCCUUUGUCUUUCACGUCAGCAUCUACUGUACUGUACUGUACUGUACUGUACUGUGGCUUAAUACUAAGUACACAGUAUAUAUCAAGGACUCUAAAAGGCGGAUUCGGGAACUAAGUACACAGUAUAUAACAAGGACUCUAAAUGAGUGGGACUGUGAAUCAGAAUCUACUUCCCUAGUAGCCCUGCGCAGGUUUGGCCGCCAUCAUGGUGACCACAAUCCAGAAACAUUGCAUUGUGAACAUGUACCCGGCACACUGUUACGCCAUUAAUUGCGCCAAUCGAGGGCCCAAAAGACCAGACUUGUCAUGUUUCAGGGUUCCCAAAGACAAAGGCAGGCAUGCGUGAUAAUAACGUAGUAGAUUUAUAACACUGGUUGUUGUAAAUAAACAGGACAGUAGACGACCUAACCUCGCCCAUUUUGCUUACCAUCAUGGCGGACGUUCCGCGUCACAGCGUACUACAAUCUGUUCCAUUCGUUUGCUUUAAAUAUGACUUUCUUAUCCACUUAGAGUCCUUUGUAUCCAUAUUUUGACGUGUACUGACGGAAGUACUCCAUUUGAGACACAACGUGUCUGUGUUGUGUUUCCGUUGUUCGACAAAUGACAAGUACUAACGCGACAGACGAACUGACAUUUGUUGUUUAUUGUUUGGAUACGUUUGCGUUCCUUAUUUUGCGCUCUUGUUUAUUGGACACCGCCGGAUGAAUGGCCACGACGGCAGCAAGAGCAGUGGCAGCAACGGGGGGACCGGCGUCUUUGUCACGGUUCAGGGGUGCUCUGGUUGCGGCUGUGCUGGGCGACUGUGUCGGCGGAGAGUUUGAGGGAGCGGAGGAGGUUCCGUUGGAGAAUGUAUUGCAGCACAUGAACAGUCUCGACGACGAGACGAAAGAGAAUGGGACCCUUGAGUACAGUGACGACACAGCCAUGGCACGUUGUGUGGUCCAGUCUCUGCUGACCCGGUCUGGCUUUGAUGAACAGGACAUGGCUCGCAGGUUUGCAAAGGAGUACAGCUUGUCCCCAGGUCGUGGUUAUGGCUCUGGAGUCAUCCAAGUGUUGAAGAAACUGGCAUCCCCUCAGCUCAGUGACGUGUACCAGCCAGCCAGGGACCAGUUUAAUGGUCGGGGCUCUUUUGGGAAUGGGGGGGCAAUGAGGGCAGCCCCCUUCGCGCUGGCCUUCCCUGAUCCAGCUGAUGUUAAAAAGUUUGCUCGUCUGGGCGCCAUGCUCACCCAUUCCUGUUCUCUGGGCUACAACGGGGCUGUACUACAAGCAUUAGCGGUCCACCUUGCCCUGCAGGGUGCCUUGGACCUGCCUCAGAAGUUCAUCAACACACUGAUCACAGAGAUGGAGGAAUUUGAAUGUGAUGAGGCGGCAAGGAAUGAUGCCAGAAUCCUGAAGGAAGCAGAGAAGCCAUUCUGUGACCGCCUUCAUCGGGUCAGAGAUUUGAUGGACAGGAACAAGGUCACCAUAGAGGAGGUCAUCUCUGAGCUGGGUAAUGGCAUCGCAGCACUCCAGUCAGUCCCAACUGCCAUCUUCUGCGUUCUGCACUGCUUGCAGCCAAGGGAAUACCUUCCAGAGAACUACGGUGGCCUGGAACGAACAAUAGCAUACAGCCUUGCCCUGGGAGGGGACACAGACACUAUAGCCUGCAUGGCCGGGGCUAUUGCCGGUGCACACUACGGCAUUGAGGUCAUUCCGCAAACCUGGAUCCGCUGCUGUGAGGGGGCAGACGAUGCUGAUGUGGAUGCAGAGCGACUUCACAAGUUGUACCGCCAGUUGUCAAAGGAAAGCAGGUCGAGAUCAGGUGGUCAGAGCAACGAAGACACUUCGAAAAACCGGUCCAAGUCUUCGAAUGGCGCAGAGAAGUAAACCCAAACCAAGAACUUGAACAUUUAAGUUACACAAAUACUUUACUUUCACAGACAGGACUGUUUCCUACUGUCACCUCAGAAACCGUGAUGAGAGGUAAAGUAUUGUAACACAGCAAAUGUUCUUCCUUAAUCAUUUGGUGUACUGCAUUGAAGAAGGCAAUAGAAUAUCUAAUUUGGCAAACAAUGCAUUUCUUUUGUAUUAUGAAAUGUCACAAUCAACUGGAAUGACAGUCAUGCACAGAUAUGGUGUGUGCAUCAAUAUAACACGUGUACCUAUUCUUUCCCUAACCUUGUCUUUUUGUACUGAACCAUACUUCAAGUUUUUUCAUUGAUCAUUUUGGUGGCAAACCAUUAUUUAAUAAAAAUGCUAAUAAGUGUA